AUGGAAGAGCCUCUCAUAGGAGCCUUCAGAUCGAGCGAAGCGAGGAUCCCUAGGGAGGCGCACUGCUGCUCAGAGGCCCUUCCUGGGCCGCACAAAGCUUCGUUGCCCAGCCAUGACAGCAAGGAUCAGACAACCGCCAGCCCGGCCAACACCCUGCCAAUUGAAGACUGGCUAAAGGAGGAGCCGGUGCACGAGCGGCGCGUGGCGCUGCCGCCGCCGCAGCAGCCGGCGCCAACGGCAAUUAACGUGUGGAGCCUGCUGAAGGAUAUGGUGGGCAAGGGGGAGCUGUCGCGUGUGGCCACCCCCGUGCAGUUCCUGGAGCCCCUCUCCGAGCUGCAGCAGCGCUGCGAAGACAUGGAGUUUUGCGAGCUGCUAGAUCAGGCAGCUGCUGUGGAGCGCUGCAGCCUGGAGCGGCUCUUACUAGUGACUGCGUUUGCCGUGUCGGCCUACUCUGGCGUCAAGCGCACCUGCAAGCCAUUCAACGCGCUCCUGGGCGAGACCUACGAGCUGGCCUGCCCAGAGAAAGGCUUCCGCUUCAUCUCAGAGAAGGUGCAGCACGAGCCGACCACAAUAAACCGCGUUCUGGCGGAGGGCCGCGGAUGGACGUUCGAGCUGGAGGACGAGCUGCACACGCGCUUCACGGGCACGGCGGUUGAGCUGGCACCCAUCGUGCUGCUGCAGGUCACGUUCUCCGACGGCGACACCUACCGCUGGGGCAAGGCCACGACGUCGAUAAACAACGUGAUAAUGGGGCGGAUCAAUUUGGAGCACAAGGGCUCCUGGCGGCUGCAGGGCGUGCACAGUGGCCUCACCGCCUGCAUGAAGUUUCAUGCCUCCACCAUGCUCUCCUCCAAGAGCAAAUUGCAUGAGGUUUCGGGGGUGGUUGAGAAGGACGGGGUGGCGAUGAAGGGGGUGAAGCUGCAAGGCAAGUGGGACAGGGAACUGCAUGCAGACCUGCCCGAUGGGUCCUCCCGCCUGCUGUGGGGCGUGAACCCCCCGGCUGCAGACCCCUCAAGGUACUGCAUGACGCCGUGGGUGCUGCGCCUGAACGAGCUGACGCCGCAGCUGGCGGGGCGGCUGCCGGCCACCGACACGCGCCUGCGCCCGGACGUGCGAUGCCUCGAGCUCGGCAUCUACGACCAGGCGGCAGUCCACCACAAGCGGAUGGAGCAGGCGCAGGUCGCCAGGCUGGCAAGCGCUGACUCAGCCGUACCACAUCAGCCGCGCUGGUUCGAGCGCGUCCCGGGCCCCGGCAAAAUCGGCGAGGAAUAUAUUUUCCGGUACCGCGGCGGCUAUUGGGAGACCCGCGCCGCCGGCGCUUUUGUCGAAAUGACACUGCCAGAAUUGACGUGA